UGAUGAUGAGGGUUUUCCAAAACCUACCGCUUGGAACAGAAAUUUCUCCUGUAGAAUAAACAUUUCUAGUAUGUCUGUCUGUUUCUCUGACACAAUGGUGACUGAUGCAGGUGUUUUUAAUUUUGUCGUAGGAAAUGUUCAAGAAAACGCAACGACUCUUGAAGUCGAAUAUCCACCGAUAGUCUUGAUGCAAAACACACCAACAUUUGUGGAAGGACAAAAUUUCUCUAUCAAGUGUUCCUACAGCGCGGGAAAUCCUAUUACUACUUCACUUUACUGGACGAAGACAAAUUCAGUGUUCAGAUACAAUGGUCAACUACUGCGGAUCCCAAACAUUCAACGUAAAGACUCUGGGACAUACACGUGUUUUGCAGAGAACACCUACAGCAGCGGGAAAAAAGGGAAAGCAAACGCCACAAUCGAGAUUGAUGUUCAAUACGGACCUUCACUUACCUAUGGCCAAGCUCUAAAAGUUUCCGAAGGACAAUCAGCCCGGAUGUCAACGUCAGUAACCAGUAAUCCCGCCUCCAACGUCUCCUGGUUCCGGGACAACCUCCUUGUAUCCACGCAACAAUCUGUCAAUGGCACCACCAGCUACACUAUCCCAAGGACACAGUGUACAGACACCGGACCAUUCCAAGUGGUGGCCAGUAACGGCGUACAGUCCAAACAAGCUACCAAAGUAUUCCUAUACGUUUACUGUUCGCCAAGACUUACAACAUGUGGGAGCUCUGUGGAGCUUCACGUAGACAGUAACUUCAAUCUUAAAGGAAAGAUUUUGGUGCUGUCUUAUCCACAACCAAACGCUUCUCUGACACUCCCGAAUGGUGCUCUGAACACACUUAUCACUCUCAGGGUCAAUUCCACAGCAACCAAUUUAUUCACAAUCACACUGACGAGAUCAAAUCUUCCCUCGGAUGAUUUUGGAACAUACGUUCUGAAUGUUGCAAAUCAAUAUGGAAGAAUAACGAUUUACGUAUACAUCAAAUCUAGUGAGAGCUUUUCUUCAACGGUAGUCGUCGUAGGCAGCGUUCUUGGAGGAGUAUUAUUCCUAGCUAUCUGUGCAUUUGUUUUUCUUUCCUACAAGUACCUUUUAGUUAGAAAAGUGCCUACAAGGUCUUACAUCACACUUGAAAAGGAGAAAUCCAAAGUAGACAUUCAUAUGUAUGAGCCUUCUACCUGUGACGAGAAAGCUGCUGUAGAGGAAACACAGAAAAUUUCGAAGUCAAAUCAAUUUAAACUAAUCAUCUUUGAUAUUUUCAAGAAAAAAGGAAGAAGGAAAAUAAAUUAUCCGACGUUAGAAACGCCUUAUUGGGUUCAAAUUAAUGAGUCGCAAGUUACAGAAACUAAUUUUACGAAAACAGGAAAAGAACUAUAUGCAACAACUAGCGACCAGAAUAGAGGGAAUACCAAAAGUAAAAAAGCAUGUGACACAGAAUCGGGGAAUAUCGGAAAGAAGAAAACAAAAUAUUCGACGUCAGAAACGGCUAAUUGGGCUAAAACUAAUAAGUCGCCAUUUACCAAAACUUAUUUUACAAAAACGAAAACUGGAAAGGAACUAUAUGCAAACGCCGAAGAGUUAGCCGCGACAGCCUGCGACCAGAAUAGAAAAAAUACCAAAAGUAAAAUAGUAGGUGACACAGAAUCGGGAAAUCCUGGAAAAAAGAAAACAAUAAAAUCGACGUUAGAAACGCUUCAUUGGGCUAAAACUAAUGAGUCGCCAUUUACGGAAACUAAUUUUACGAAAACCGGAAAGGAACUAUAUGCAAACGCCGAAGAGUUAGCCGCGACAGCCUGCGACCAGAAUAGAAAAAAUACCAAAAGUAAAAUAGUAGGUGACACAGAAUCGGGAAAUUCUGGAAAAAAGAAAACAAAAAAUUCGAAGUUAGAAACGCUUCAUUGGGCUAAAACUAAUGAGUCGCCAUUUACGGAAACUAAUUUUACGAAAACGAAAACCGGAAAGGAACUAUAUGCAAACGCCGAAGAGUUAGCCGCGACAGCCUGCGACCAGAAUAGAAAAAAUACCAAAAGUAAAAUAGUAGGUGACACAGAAUCGGGAAAUUCUGGAAAAAAGAAAACAAAAAAUUCGAAGUUAGAAACGCUUCAUUGGGCUAAAACUAAUGAGUCGCCAUUUACGGAAACUAAUUUUACGAAAACGAAAACCGGAAAGGAACUAUAUGCAAACGCCGAAGAGUUAGCCGCGACAGCCUGCAACCAGAGUAGAGGAAAUACGAAAAGUAAAAAAGAAGGUGAAACAAAAUCGGGUUAUAGCGAGAAGACUAAGUCUAAGCCUUUGGUCCUUCCGAAACCCAAGAAAAAACUGUCUAAAGCAAGCAAAGCCUUCUCAUAUUUUUAAAUCAUUUAAUUUAAAAAAUUUCACCGAACUUUACUUUUACAUGUAAACAAUAAGAUAAACUUUAUUUUAUUGUUUUAAGAUUAAGGUGUUUCGCUUGUGAUUUAAAAAAAAAUCACU